AAACGCGUGAAAUUUAUAUCAUCGACCUAUUUUGUGACGCUUGUUCCUCGAGAUCCCUUUCAACGCGUAUAUCUUGUGACACGCAAUCCUCACUAAAUAGACUUCCGAUUUUUUUAUUGCCGCACAGAGUGUAUAUAAUUUGCUUCGCUGAUUUCCCUUCCGCGUUAGCUAUUUUCUGCUAUAAAUUCCUUCUGUGUUUUGCGGUGAACAGAUGAAGAAGAGUAUUAGCAAAACCCUGUUCAACAGAUCUUCGCGCAAGAAAAUGGAUGUAUCUUCGUCAAAUAACGGAUCUGAGUCAGCAUGCUCUGGCGAAGGGGUUAUGGAACAGAACAUCCAUGAAUUGGAGGAGGUUUUCAAGAAAUUUGAUGCGAACGGGGACGGAAAAAUCUCAGGAUCCGAGCUGGCAGAAAUCCUACGGUCCAUGGGGAGCCAGGUAAGCGAUGCAGAGGUCCAGGCCAUGAUGAAGGAGGCUGACUUGGACGGAGACGGUUUUGUUAGCCUGCAGGAGUUUCUGGAUCUGAAUAUUAAAGGCGCUUCUGUAAAGGACUUGAAAAAUGCUUUCAAGGUGUUCGAUCUGGACAGGAAUGGCUCAAUUUCAGCGGCUGAGCUUUGCCAGACUCUCAAGAGUAUGGGGGAGCCCUGCACUUUGGAGGAGUCGAAGAAAAUUAUUCAGAGUGUUGACAAGAAUGGCGACGGACUUAUCAGUUUUGACGAAUUUAGGACAAUGAUGACCAAUAAAAUGAAUGAUAAGAGCAAACGAUAGUCUAUUUUCACUUUUCUGCUGGUUUUUUUAUUUUUUUUUCUGUUAAUUGUUCAAAAUCUAGGAGUAUAGACAAGAGCAACCAUCUCUAGAGUUGCUUCAAUUCUUGGAACAGCUAGGGUUUGGCCUAAAUUUUGUAAAUAGAAUUUUUUUGUUGUCAAAUCUGAUGUAUUUCUGGAUCUUUGUUUGGAAAUGGACAAAACAUAUUCUAAUC